AUGGCGGGCGGCCGCCGGGGUCUGGUGGCCCCCCAGAACACUUUCCUGGAGAACAUAGUGCGGAGGUCCAACGACACUAACUUUGUGCUGGGCAAUGCUCAGAUAGUGGACUGGCCCAUCGUCUACAGUAACGAUGGCUUCUGCAAACUCUCCGGAUAUCACCGUGCGGAGGUCAUGCAGAAGAGCAGCACCUGCAGCUUUAUGUACGGGGAGCUCACGGACAAAGACACGACGGAGAAAGUUCGGCUGACGUUCGAGAACUAUGAGAUGAACUCGUUUGAAAUCCUGAUGUAUAAAAAGAAUAGGACGCCAGUGUGGUUCUUUGUAAAAAUUGCUCCCAUUCGGAACGAACAGGAGAAAGUGGUGCUCUUCCUUUGCACGUUUAGCGACAUCACAGCUUUCAAACAACCCAUAGAGGACGACUCUUCCAAAGGUUGGGGUAAAUUUGCACGCUUGACCCGAGCUCUGACCAGCAGCAGAGGAGUUCUCCAGCAGCUCCAACCGACCGUACACAAAGGAGAAAACGUACAUAAGCACUCCCGGCUGGCUGAGGUGCUCCAGCUGGGCUCUGACAUCCUCCCCCAGUACAAGCAGGAGACACCCAAGACCCCGCCCCACAUCAUCCUUCACUACUGCGCCUUCAAGACCACCUGGGACUGGGUCAUCCUCAUCCUCACCUUCUACACGGCCAUCAUGGUGCCCUACAACGUUUCUUUUAAAACCAAGCAGAACAACGUCACCUGGCUGGUGGUGGACAGCAUUGUGGAUGUCAUCUUCCUGGUGGACAUUGUGUUGAAUUUUCACACCACAUUCGUGGGGCCGGCCGGAGAGGUCAUCUCCGACCCCAAGCUCAUCCGCAUGAACUAUCUGAAGACCUGGUUCGUCAUAGACCUGCUGUCCUGUCUGCCCUAUGAUGUCAUCAACGCCUUCGAGAACGUGGACGAGGGCAUCAGCAGCCUCUUCAGCUCUCUGAAGGUGGUGCGACUGCUGCGUUUGGGCCGUGUGGCCCGCAAGCUGGACCACUACAUUGAAUACGGUGCGGCCGUGCUGGUGCUCCUUGUGUGCGUCUUUGGCCUGGCCGCUCACUGGCUGGCCUGCAUCUGGUACAGCAUCGGCGACUACGAGGUCAUCGACGAGGAGCACAACUCUGUGCGCAAGGACAGCUGGCUGUACCUGCUGGGCGAGACGACAGGGACGCCGUACCGCUUCAACAGCAGCGGGACAGGCCGCUGGGAGGGCGGCCCCAACAAGGACUCGGUCUACAUCACCUCGCUCUACUUCACCAUGACCAGCCUGACCAGCAUCGGCUUCGGCAACAUCGCCCCCACCACGGACGGAGAGAAGAUCUUCGCCGUCGCCAUGAUGAUGAUAGGAUCUCUCCUGUAUGCCACCAUCUUCGGUAACGUGACCACAAUCUUCCAGCAGAUGUACGCCAACACUAACCGUUACCAUGAGAUGCUGAACAGCGUGAGGGAUUUCCUCAAACUCUACCAGGUGCCUAAAGGCCUGAGUGAGAGGGUCAUGGACUACAUCGCCUCCACGUGGUCCAUGUCCAGAGGCAUCGACACUGAGAAGGUGCUGCAGAUUUGUCCGAAGGACAUGCGUGCUGAUAUCUGUGUGCACCUGAACAGGAAGGUGUUUAAGGAGCACCCUGCGUUUCGGUUGGCCAGUGACGGCUGUCUGCGUGCGCUGGCCAUGGAGUUCCAGACCAUUCACUGCGCGCCGGGUGACCUCAUCUACCACGCAGGAGAGAGUGUGGACAGCCUCUGCUUCGUCGUCUCAGGGUCCCUGGAGGUCAUUCAGGAUGACGAGGUGGUCGCCAUUCUAGGUAAAGGGGACGUGUUUGGUGAUGUGUUCUGGAAGGAGGUGACUCUGGCGCAGUCCUGCGCGAACGUCCGGGCGCUGACCUACUGUGACCUGCACGUCAUCAAGCGGGACGCCCUGCUGAAAGUGCUGGAGUUCUACACGGCCUUCUCCAAUCACUUCUCCCGCAACCUGCUGCUCACAUACAACCUCCGCAAACGCAUUGUCUUCAGGAAGAUCAGUGAUGUUAAGCGUGAAGAGGAAGAGCGCCUGAGGAGGAAGAACGAAGCUCCGCUCAACCUUCCACCGGACCACCCCGUGAGGCGCCUCUUCCAGCGUUUCCGGCAGCAGAAGGAGGCCCGGCUGGCCGCUGAGCGUCCGAACCCUGAUGAGCCGGACCCAGAAAAAGGCCACGUCCACAAUGAGCUUGUCGUCGUCCAGGACGCGAUCACCAUCGCCACCACCAGUGUUGUCACCGUGAUGGAGAGUCCCGCCACACCCAUCCCCUCAAACCCUGCUCACAGCGUCCCCGCCCCCGGUCCCUCGGACCGGGCCAAGCUGCAGGCGCCCAACGCCCUGGCCGUUGGAAACCGGGCAUCCCGGGGAUGGGGGCGUUUCCGGGAAAGCUUGGCCAAGCCAGAUGGCUGGGGCAACGUGGCCAAAGCCGAAUCCAUGGAAACGCUCCCUGAACGCGGCUGCAAGUCAGCCGAGCCCGGUGGCCUGAAGAAAACAGACUCAUGUGACAGCGGCAUCACCAAGAGUGACCUGCGGCUGGAUGAGGGCGGAGCACGGACGCCCGGAGACCACAGCCCAGUCCAGCCGGACGGGAGGCCGCCGCCUACUGUCCCGCCCACAAUCCCGCCUAUUCCCGAACACACACUCCACACAGCGCUGCUGGAGCUCCGGGCUGAGCUCAAGGACGAGCUGUCGGCUCUCGGAGACCGCAUGGUCGCCCUGGAGACGCAGGUUGCUGAGGUGCUGCGGUUGCUAAGGGGCGGAAAGACACCUCCCUCUCCCACCCCGCUGUUUCAGAUCUCGCGGCCCACAUCCCCGGACUCAGACAAGGACGACAUCUUCUCCUAAAACAGGGGUUCUCGACUC